CACAUGCUGCAGUCAUUCAGAGGCACAGCGUGGAGGCUGCACAUACACACACCGACACGUUUAGAGCGACAUGGCAAGACUACCUCACCGCUGUGUGAUGAUAUCAGUAUGUUUGGCAGGAGCUCUCCUACUGCUGCCGCUCUGCUUGGGCGUUGAGGAUUAUCAAUAUAACAUUGACUAUGAUUCCACUCAAACCCCGGAGUAUGACUACAACUCAACAUUUGAUUUCUCAUUCUUCAGCAAUGCCAGCAGUGAAGAACUGGAGAAGUUUUUCAUGGGAGAAGGGACGGACAGUGGAAGAGAAACAAGCUUUAAAGAAACAGAAACAGAAAGAGAAAAAGAAACAGAUGGAGGUGCACAUGAAGAAAAGCCUACUGAGCCAACAACCUUUGUUAUGAAUCAGGCAUCUCAGUCAACGCCUCUGUGUUCCCUUCUUACUUUGGUUCUGAUGCUUCAUCAGCUACUCAGACUAUUAUAGCAGACACACUGCACAUUACAGGACUCCGUUACACAAUCUGAACAGAAGUCCACGAAGAAGAAGAGCAGAUGGACAGAUAACCUGAACGAAAGACAUGUGGACAUCCAGUACAGACAGACACACACAUGCUCAUGCAUACACACUCAAAGAGCUCAAGCAAAAACAACAGCGGAUCCAUGACAAACCACGACAACACACGGCUUGCAAGCUGUACAUGAAAAGACACAUUGUUCCCUAUUCUUUGUCACCGCAAAACAGGCGCACAGAGGUCAAAGGUCUCAUAGGCUGGAUCAAUGGAAUGGAAUAUGAAUGUGAAACAGGGCUAAACUAAAUGACAGCUUCUUUUGUGGGUAUUCUUUCAGGUUGUGACUCAGAGGAGGUGAUUUGAGGAGCCUGAAUAACAAAGAAACUGAGAAAAACAAGAUAUUUCUCUUUUUUUAAUGAACAGAUGUGCAGGCUGUCCAUUGUCACGUAAAACAAUGCAAUUUUUGGCAAAAUCAAUACAUUUGUCUCUUUUAUGAGACUUUGUUUAAGCAUAUUUUUUAGCUGUAAUGAGCACAUCCUUUGAUUGCCAUGGCAAAGAUGUAUUUGAGAAACAAACAAAUCAGAUGUCAGUGUUACAUAAUGUCCAGUUUUAAUAUGCCAAUUUUAUCAUGUAUUGUUUGGGAAACUGUAGAUACGCACUGAAGUUUUACAAUUAGUUUAAGCUUUUCUAGUCAUUUAAAGCAUCAUGACCUCUUGCAGAUAUUACAUGUAGGCACUUUCCUUCACCACUGCACUUCUAAGCCUCACUAUUUCUUCAGUAAUCCUCGAUACAAGCACAUUUUUUGUUUUGUUAUGGAUUUAUGUUUUGUUACAAAUAAGGAUGGUGAUUUACACCAAAAUGCAUAUGAAUUUGUGAGCCAGUUGAGCUUUUUUAUGUGUUGUUACAAAUUCUGAAUAAAUAUUUUUUCAAGUAAUACACCACUUUGUGUAAUUUGUCUAAUGACUGACAUGGUAAGAAAAAAGUUACUUUUCAUUAUUCAGGGUAGGGGUGUCAGGAUAUACGGUGUUGAUGAUAAUCAUGAUAUUUAAAUAAUGAAAUAUUCUUAUUGUGCCACAGCAUAUCGGUAGUAUAAAUAUUUGAAAAUGAAUAGUACACAUACGUUAAUAUGACACAUUAUCCAGCGCCAUUAUGUAGUGUUACACUCUCGGUGUAAUUAGUUUCAUUAAUACUCCACACCAGAGGGCGCCUUUGUGCAGAAACAAGCGAGACUCAUAGGAGUAAGUUAAUACAAAAUUACUUUCCAGAAAUUACUUUUUAAUAUGGAUAAGGAAUAUUAAUAUGGAUAAUGUAUAUAUAUAUUGCAGUGCUAAUCACUGUAUCCACCUUAUUUUUCCGUAAGCGUGGGGGUGGAAUUUGUCAUUUUUAUGGGUCUGGUUUCUGGUCUCAUCCGCAUCAGCUUUUUUUAGCUGUAGCUACAAAAACAGCUCGUUUUGCUGUUUGAUAUCACAUAUUGGUGUGUAUUACCAUAUUAUUUUAUGUAUUAUCUUUAUGAACACACUGCCACUGUAAAAAACAAAAAACACAAUUUGCUGAGUCAGCUUAAAAUAAUUUGUUACCCUGCUGCCUUAAAAUGUUAAGUUCAGUCAACUAAAAUAAGUUUAGUCAACUUCAAAUGUUAAGUUGUACUGAGUGACAACUUAGAUAUUUGUGUUUGUUAAACUUAAAAGCUGGGUAAGUAACCCAGCUGCCUUAAAAUUUUAAGCUGAAUCAACUCAAAUAUCUAAGUUGUCAUUUAGUACAACUUAACAUUUCAAGUUGAAUAAACGUUUUUUGAGUUGACUGAACUCAAAAUUUUAAGGCAGCUACAUAACAAAUUAUUUUAAGUUGACUCAACAAAUAGUUUUUACAGUGUGGUUUGUAAACAGUUUUACCAUUUACUGCACAUUGUUAUUUUUCUCGUUUUGUGUGGCUAAUGAACUGGAAUUCUCGCCCGUUGGCUUACUUCAGCGUUGAAGAAUAAGGUGGAUAGAAUAGGCUACUAUAAAAUAAGAAUCAGUUCACAGCAGGAAGUUUUUACAAACACGAAAAUGAUGUAACUCAA